AGAAUCUGCACUGAUCAACGAGAUGUUUCUUUGAUUUUCUAGUGGUUACACCUGCUGAAAGAGUCUUUGUUAUGCAUGUUAUCCCGUAGCUUUACCAGCAUCCAGCACAAAGAGCAGUGGGUUCAGUCCAUAUCUAUCUAUUUAUAGUAUAUCUACUCAAUAUUGUGUUAUCGGUCCAGGAUGUAUAAUUGUCCUAAAAUUGUUGUGCACCCUUCAGCUCGGAGACCAUGUUUUUGUCAUAUAUGCACUUUGAGAAAUUAAUUGUGCUUCUUUUUUGUUAUAUCAGAUUAUAAUCUAGCUUGAUUCAGUGGUAUGCAUACAUUAUCUGUAAUGAUGUGUUAGCAUUCUCGCUAUUUUGUUCUUUUGGAAGACAAAAGUUGAUCUUUCAGGUUCGGGCUCUGAAUCUGAACCGAGUCCACACCUUCAUUGCCACAUUCUUGUUCCUCCUUGUUGCAAUCAUUCUCUCUGCUUGGUGAUGCCCGAACAAGGAGACCACACCUAUUUUAUCUCAUGUACUUUUGCUUUGUUUAGUUCUCUUUGUAUGUAUUGUCUGCUUAUUUAAUCUUUUCUUCUAGCUUAUUCUGCAUCAAGCUUGAAACAGUUCAUGAUAACACCCCUGCUAUGUAGAAUGUAGCAAUUGUUUUUUCUUUGUUUCUUGAAACUUGCUGAUUAACUAAAGAUGGUUCUGCACUUUUCUAAUGGUCACACCUGGAAGAGUCUUUGCUAUGCAGGUUAUCUGCAUGAAGCACAAAGAGCAGGUUCAUAUCCAUGAGGUAUAAGCAAAAAGAAGAGGAUAAUGAUACUUUCCACUGCAAAUGCGCCCUUUAGCCAGGAUAAUAACUGCGGUGUUGCUGCGUCGAACGCUCUGCCGACUGCCGGUGCCGGAAGAAGGAAAAACAAAGAUCCGGUUCGUCAGGCAAUCACCGGCAGAGACCUUCCUCCGCCGGAGCAGCGCAUGGCGUCGCCGCGCGCUGGGCACCGCCAGCUCAUGGGCGCGUCGUCGUCCCCGGCGCCGUCGGGCGACGGCGAGGCGACUGCGGGGCGCGGGUCGAGCCAGGAGGCGAUGAAGAUAAUGGUAUCCGUGCUGGUGGUGGUCAUCUUCUGCACGCUCUUCUACUGCAUCUACUGCUGGCGCUGGCGGAAGCGCAACGCCGUGAGGAGAUCGCUGCUCCAGAGCCUGCGGCCGAUGUCGAGCUCGGACCUGCCGCUCAUGGACCUCGCCUCCAUCCACGCCGCCACCGACAACUUCUCCAAGGCCAACAAGCUCGGCGAGGGCGGCUUCGGCCCUGUCUACAGAGGCGUGCUGACGGGCGGGUCGGAGAUCGCGGUGAAGCGGCUGUCGGCGCGGUCGCGGCAGGGCGCGGCAGAGUUCCGGAACGAGGUGGAGCUGAUCGCCAAGCUGCAGCACCGCAACCUGGUGCGGCUGCUGGGCUGGUGCGCCGAGCGCGACGAGAAGCUGCUGGUCUACGAGUACCUCCCCAACCGCAGCCUCGACGCCUUCCUCUUCGAUGCAAGCAAGAGCGCGCAGCUGGACUGGAAAACCCGGCACAGCAUCAUCCUGGGCAUCGCCCGCGGGCUGCUCUACCUCCACGAGGACUCGCUGCUCAAGGUCGUCCACCGGGACCUCAAGGCCAGCAACGUGCUCCUCGACAACAAGAUGAGGCCCAAGAUCUCCGACUUCGGCAUGGCCAAGAUCUUCGAGGACGAGUGCAUCGAGGUUAACACCGGCCGCGUCGUCGGAACCUACGGGUACAUGGCGCCGGAGUUCGUGAUGGAGGGCGUGUUCUCGGUCAAGUCGGACGUGUUCAGCUUCGGGGUCCUUCUCAUCGAGAUCCUCGGCGGCAAGCGGAACGGCGCGCUCUACCUCGAGGAGCACGAGCAGACCCUCAUCCAAGACGCAUGGAAGAGCUGGACGGAGGAGAAGGCGGCCGAGUUCAUGGACCCGGCGCUGGGGCGGGCCUACUCCAAGGAGGAGGCGUGGCGGUGCUUCCACGUGGGACUCCUCUGCGUGCAGGACGACCCGGAGCUCCGGCCGACCAUGUCCAGCGUCCUGCUCAUGCUCAUCAGCGACCACAUGAACCUGCCCGCGCCGGCCAGGCCGCCCAUGUUCACCCGGCUGAGGACCUUCCCGGCGGCGAUGAUCCCCUUCUCCACCAAGACCGAGUCCACCUUCUCGCCCCAGUCCAUCAACGACGUCUCCAUCACCGUCGUCGAGCCGCGAUGAGGUUGAUGGUGCCCUUUUGUUGUUGUGUACAUACUGCUAGCAGCUGAAAUGUUCUUCGAGAAGGCCGGCCGCCGUUGGAUUUUUGUAGUUAUGGUGAAAGUGCGUACACACUGUGGCACAAAGCUUCCGUGCAGAUGGUGACAAAGUGAGAUCCAUGGCGAAUUGAGUACACAUGAUUGGUUUUUUCCCGUUGAUUAAUUUCUAUGCACAAAGCUUCGUGCAUAGAAACAGUUUUUUUUUCCUUCUGUUUUGAGCAUUUUCCGUGACAAUUUGGGUCAUGUAUCAGGGAAUUCAGGGUUUGGUGUCCAGAAGCUUCAGAAAGUGGAGUGUGACACUGAAAGUGUUGUAAUGUGGACAGAAGGUCCGCUGAACUUUUGCCUUGGCAAUUGACCGGACCGGGAAGGAGGAACGACCGAAUGAGAUUCCCCAUUUCUUUCA